AUGGCCCCCAAUGUGUCGGAUACGGUAGCAACGGCUGGUGAAACCGGGGUGGACGAGGUUGUUUCCUGCAUCGACAAUCAACCCGGACGGACACGGAAGCGGAUAGAUUUCGCAAAUGAACCCCUGCAGCCGGCCACCGUCAGCGACCGCAACAACAACACCAGUAAUGAGUGUGAUCACGGAACAGCUGAACCGUUCCGAGCACAAAUACGGUGGCCCGAUUUGCUGGCCCAGCUCUUCGUCCACGUAGGAUUCGUGAUCGGACUCCUGCAGCUGGUGACACUACAGGCAAAGCUGUACACAUUCCUGUGGACCAUCCUGUUGGUGUGGGCCUCUGGAUUAGGCAUAACGGCCGGAGCCCACCGGCUGUGGUCACACAAAUCAUACAAAGCUCGCUGGCCAUUCCGUUUGUUGCUAAUGUUCUUAUUUACGAUUUGUGGGCAGCGUGAUGCGUAUACUUGGGCCCACGAUCAUCGCGUUCACCACAAGUACUCGGAAACGGACGCCGAUCCCCACAACGCGAAGCGAGGCUUUUUCUUCGCCCACGUCGGCUGGGUUUUCCUGACGCCCCACCCGGAGGUGGUGGCGAAGCGGAAAAUCAUCGACAUGAGCGAUCUCCUGGCGGACCCGAUCGUGAUGGCACAGCGCAGAUACUACAUUCCGCUGUUCGCACUGCUAGUCAUCGGAAUGCCAGUCCUGGUGCCGUGGUACUGCUGGGAGGAACGUUUGUCGGUGGCGUUUUGGGUGUGCUUCACCUUGCGCUUCACCACGACGCUCAACAUUGCGUUCUUCGUGAACAGUGUGGCGCACAUGUUUGGCAACCGGCCGUACGACAAGAGCAUCAGCCCGGUGGAAAACCUGGCCGUGGCGAUCGCGGCAAUGGGCGAAGGAUGGCACAACUAUCAUCACGUGUUUCCGUGGGAUUACAAAACGAGCGAGCUGGGCGACUAUCUGUUCAACGUUACCACCGGUUUCAUUGACUGCUUCGCACGCCUCGGUUGGGCUUAUGAGCGCAAGUCGGUUCCCCCGGAAGUAAUCGCACGCAGGGCAGCAAAGUGUGGUGAUGGAACGCGCUUUCUGACCGAUGAAUACGCCCAUCAGGACGCGGUUUGGGGAUACGGUGAUGAGGAUAUAUCUAAGGAAGACAUCGACGCCAUAGUGCGGAGUCAAAACUAAACCGCGGCGUGCGCAUUGAGGUGUGAUUUCAACCCAAGUAUAUGUAAACUGUUUAUUUUUUUAUAAUGUGAAGAAUCCGUGUUCCGAAUGCUAGAAGAUGAUGUCGGAAAAGAGGUGCCGUAACGACCUAGAUCCGUAGCAUUUGAAUGUGUCUCGGAGCAUUUCACUGAGGCACGCAAACGUGUAAGGUUAUCAGCUGUGUGUGGAUACCGUAUAACGCUUUACGACUCAGGAAUUGCGUCUGCCAUCGAAGCGCACAUUUUUUAACCGUUUAGUUACGUAGUUCAUGUUCCUGGAAUAAUGGUUUGGUAACGGGGGUAAGAGAAGAGAUAAAAUACGAUCACCUCAACAAGCACCAGGGUGCCAAGUGUACCAGGUCCAGACUCUAACGGGGGGUUGAUUCGAUAACAGCCGAGAGACCAAAGCUAACAUUCGACCAAACACGAGGCAGACAAUCAGAUUUGCGUGGAAUAAUAAAAAACUCGCUCGCUGUGUAUGCAAUACGGUUGGCUGAGAAGAAAAACUCGAUCAAAACCAUGACCUUUCUUCACUCUCGCCAAAAAGUAAGAUCUCGGCGGACGGCGGUACCUGCUUAAAAUAGCGAGCGCACGAGUCUCGCAAGUCGUACAAUCAAACCGAUCACUGAGCGACCGAUUAAUAGUUGCGUAUCCGGUUUUUGAUGUGUAACAAUAAAAACGAAUGUAAAUAUGGCCCCGUGUCUUGGAGCUUA